GUAGGUGGCGGAAGUGCACCAACUAAGAAGAAGUAGUAGUAGAAGAAGACCGAUACAACAACAACAACAACAUGGUGAUGAGGUGUAUUUUAGGUUGUUCCCCUCCUCAAACCCUUUUCCCUAUCCCCAAAAUCCCCUGGCUGCGUGCCCGCUGGCUCGAAUUUUUACACUUUGACGAAGGAGGGAUAACGGAAAACACGCGUUUGUGUGCCCGGCACUUUACGCAGGAAAGCUUUAAGAAUUUUCGACAGCAUGAAAUGGGGUUCGUCAAGCUUCUGCUCUUGUCAAACACGGCUAUCCCGUCUGUGUACACAGUCGGAGCGUCACCGAGUGUGAAGCCACCUACACGGGAUGUGGGAUGCCAGUGUUCCCCCAAAUCUUUAAAGAGCACUGCAGUGCAAGCGGCGCGCUCAAUCCCAAAGCCCAAACGACGGAGUAAAGCGGUCCAGGUGAAACCUCCGUCCCUCUCUAUUGGUAUGUCCUGCUCCAUGGAGCAUCUUGGCACCGUCCUCGAUGUAACGUCUUCUCCAACGAGCAAAAGGCCGCGCAUUAAAGAAGAGAUCGACGAGACCUGGUCGAGCAGCACAGAGGAAUCAGCAGUGUCCGAUUUCACCUACGAGUCUGAUGUCAGUCAACAGGACAGUGAAACAUCACUCUUUGCUGCUCACUACUAUGAUGGAAGCGCAGAUUGGGAAUAUGUCAGUUGAAGAUGGCCAGAGUUCAAAAGGGUGAAUCCUUUUCAUCAGGAAAAUGGCAUUGAUAUACAACUGUGGACACCCUGCUGAAAACUCAUUUUGACGGUGUUGUUCUCGGCACGGCCUGUACCAGCAUUACAUGAAUGAACUGAAGGUCUUCCUUCAACAGGCCCGACCUUCCAGAACCUGCAGCCGGACACUGGAGCCGCUUCUCAAAGCCUGACUUCACUGUUUCAGAUGAACAUUCAGUGUGAGAGGAAAAAAGUGUGUGUUCAUAGUGAGAAUGUACAGCAUGUGAAAAAAUGUUUCUUGAAAAUAGUAAAGUUCUGCUCAAAUAUUUAAUGGAAUGUCUUGGCAAGAACUGAAUGUGUUCUGCAAAAUAAAAAUGCAGUUGUACAAAUUA